AUGGAACAACCUCCUGGGUACAUUGAUCCUCGCUUCCCUAAUCAUGUUUGUCACUUGAAGAAAGCUCGUUAUGGACUCAAACAAGCACCUCGUGCUUGGUUUCAGCGUUUCAGCUCUUUCCUCACUCAGCUCGGCUUUUAUUGCAGUCGUGCCGACACAUCACUUUUUAUCUUUCACAGGAAAUCUGAUGUUAUUUAUUUGCUUCUUUAUGUUGAUGACAUCAUCAUUACAGGGAACAACUCCUCUCUUCUUCACAGUUUUUCUUGUAAGCUUCAUUCUGAAUUCGCCACUAAGGAUUUGGGUUCUCUGAGUUACUUCCUUGGUCUUGAAGCUACAUCCAAAACUGAUGGUCUCUUCAUCAGUCAACUAAAAUAUGCUCGUGACAUUCUUACUCGUGCUCAGUUACUUGAUAGCAAGCCUGUUCAUACCCCCAUGAUUGUUUCUCAGCACCUAUCUUCUGAUGGCUCUAUGUUUUCGGAUCCUACUCUUUAUCGAUCUCUUGUUAGGGCCCUUCAAUAUUUGACCAUCACGCGUGCUGACAUUGCUCAUGCUGUCAACUCUGUCAGUCAGUUUUUGCAUUCUCCAACUAAUGACCACUUUCUUGCAGUAAAACGCAUUCUUUGUUAUGUCAAAGGGACUCUGCAUUUUGGUCUCACCUUCCGCCCCUCUGCCACCCCUACUACUUUAGUCGCUUAUUCUGAUGCCGACUGGGCCGGAUGUCCUGACACUCGUCGCUCCACCUCUGGUUAUUCCAUUUAUCUUGAUAACAAUUUGGUUUCUUGGAGUGCCAAGAAGCAACCUACCGUUUCUCGUUCAAGUUGUGAAUCUGAAUAUCGUGCACUUGCUCUCACUGCCGCAGAAUUGCUUUGGCUCACACAUCUCCUUCGUGAUCUGAAGGUUUCUCUUCCACAACGGCCUCUUCUUUUAUGUGACAACAAAAGUGCCAUUUUCUUAAGCUCCAACCUGUUUCUCAUAAGAGGGCCAAGCAUGUUGAGUUAG